GCGCAGCUUAGCUCGUUUUAGAAUUGAAUACAGUGUCCCUUUGAUUGUUAUCUUACUCUCUACAUACCAAAGUGAUUUAUCUAGGAAUGCAGUUGAACAUCCCUGAAAACUAGUGUCUGAAACCCUGGUCCCUUGUGGAAGUUGUGACAGUGAGCGAUGUCCGAAUGGAACAACACUAACAGUGAUAUGUCUGUGAAGUUGGAAAGUUUGAGUCCUGGCCUGCAUGAAAGCAGUGAUGAGUUUGAAUUCUCGGUUAAUGCUAUUAAGGCCGACCAGGAUGGAAUAACUCCUGAUUGGAAUGAUUCUUCAGAGCCACACCCUUCUGAUGUUGACUAUGGUGAUCAAUUCAGUUCAAACAUUAAAACUGAGGUUGACUCCAGUGAUCAGUUCAGUUCAAACAUUAAAACUGAGCUGGACUCCGGUGAUCAGUUCAGUUCAAAUAUAAAAACGGAGCUCUAUGAUCCUGUGGGGAGUGACAGUGAGACCAAGGUCAAUGAGUCGGAAUAUGAUCUUCCAGUUCCCGGAUCGAAUAAAGUAAAGAUCAAAUUUGAACCAACCGAUGACUUUGGACUUGAGCCUGGUUAUGCACUGGCGGGUUCAGGAUCCGAGCAGUGGGAUGGAGCUGAAAAUGAGCUGGGCCCGGUUCCACUUAACCUUAUACCAGCAGCUGGGAACCAGGGUCUGUUGAGAAUUGACGUUGAAGACCCGCUCCAUCCUGUACCAAGCGGAGUCGUAAAAGAGGAGCCUCUUGAAGAAGACAUGGAGGAGAGCUCAUAUGGUUUUGGUGAAGGCGCAGAUGCAGAUGAUCAGAAUAUGGAAGAUGAAGAUGAUACUGCUUUAUCUUUGGACUACAGUGCUGAAAACAUGGCUCCAAGACCAUUCACACGUCCACAUCAGACUUUCGAAAGUUCAACGACUGUUACAGCAUCCCGGGAGAAUGUGAAGAUCAACAAGUCUUUACGCUACAAAUCUUCAUCUUUCUACCACAGUGGUGAAAUUGAUUCUCAAAGACCAACCACACGACCCCAUCCAUCUUUGAAACGAUCAGUGACCGUCUCAACGCGGCCAAGGAAUGUGAAGGUUAUCAAGUCCCGUAGAAGUCACCAGCGUAAUAAAUCUUGUGCAAGUUUAUCUGAUCUCGGGCAACGCAAACGUAUUCAUACUGGAGAAAAAACAUUUAAAUGUGACCAGUGUAAAAAAGUAUUCAAGAACAGGAGGUAUCUUCAGCGACACAUCGAUCAGAUUCAUUCAGGAGGAAAAUCUUAUACUUGUGACCAGUGUGGUAGAGUAUGCUCCAAGCUUGAUCAUCUCAAAAUGCAUAGACGUAUUCAUACAGGGGAAAGACCAUUUGCCUGUGACCAGUGUGAUAAAGCAUUCACCCAGCAUGGCACUCUCAAUCAACAUAAGCGUAUUCAUACUGGAGAAAACCCUUUUAAAUGCGACCAGUGCGAUAAAGUAUUCAGACAGUCUAGUACUCUUAACCAGCAUAAGCGUAUUCAUACAGGAGAAAGACCAUUUGCUUGUGACCAGUGCGAUAAAACUUUCACAGGAAGGGGUUCUCUCAUUAGCCACAAGGGUGUUCAUACAGGAGAAAGACCAUUUGCCUGUGACCAGUGUGAUAAAAAAUUCAAGAGAGGUCGUGCUCUUGUAAAUCACAAACUGAAUCAUACUGGAGAAAGACCAUUUGCCUGUGACCAGUGUGUAAAAACAUUCAAGAGAGGUUGUGAUCUUCUGCAUCAUAAAGUGAUUCAUACUGGAGAAAAACCAUUUGCCUGUGACCAGUGUGUUAAAACGUUCAUGAGAGGUAGUGAACUUAUGCAUCAUAAACGGAUUCAUACUGGAGAAAGACCAUUUGCCUGUGGUGACUGUGAUAAAAAAUUUACUCAGAAAAGUCACCUCGGCGAGCAUAAGCUGAUUCAUACUGGAGAAAAACCAUUUGCCUGUGACCAGUGUGAUAAGUCAUUCAGGCAGAGUAAUGGUCUAAAUAAGCAUAAACGGAUUCAUACCGAAGAUAGACCAUUUGCCUGUGACCAGUGUGUAAAAACGUUCAAGAGUGAAAGUGAUCUUGUGCAUCAUAAACUGAUUCAUACUAGAGAAAGACCAUUCGCCUGUGAUGAAUGUGAUAAAAAAUUUAUUCAGAAUAGUCACCUCAGUGAGCAUAAACGAACUCAUACAGGAGAAAGACCAUUUGUCUGUGACCAGUGUGAUAAGUCAUUCAGGCAGAGUAAUGGUCUAAGGAAGCAUAAACGGAUUCAUAACGGAGAAUGACCAUUUGCUUGUGAUGCGUGUGAUAAGGCAGUCAAAGAUAAAAGUUGUUUCAAUCAUCACCAAUUCAUGAAUCCAUAGGAAAGCAUUGCAAACUUUGGCAGUCAGUUCAGUUUUGAAUGUGAUAAAGUCUCUACACUGAGAGGUGCAUUUUCUUUGCAUAAAUGAACUCAUACAAGAGAAAAACAUUAGAACGUGACUAGUGUAAUAAAGCUUUUAAGGUGCUUAUGGAUGUUUCCCUUCUCUUGUUGAAUUUUCAAACAGAAGAAAGUCUGCUUGCCUGUAAAUGUAUGUAGCGAAACAUCCUAGAAGUACAUGUACAUACUACAUGUACACACUACAUGUACACACUACAUGUGUACAUGUGCACACUACAUGUGUACAUGUGCACACUACAUGUGUACAUGUGCACACUACAUGUACACGUAGUGGAAUCUGUCGGUGCAAACACAGCAUUCAUACAAUCUAAUGGUUUAAAGUACAAUUGAUAGUCCCCUUUUUGU